UGACCAGGCUUACUAGUACUGUAUAUAUUCGGCUGUAUUACCAAGGCCAGUACAGAGCUGAUCUAUUUCCAGGGGCAUUCAUUGAACACCUGCAAAACCUUCUUAAGUCGCCAUGGCAUCCACCCUCUCUGUGCGGAACUACUCAGCAGGCCGGCAGCCCUCCUUCUCCAGCCUGUCCCUCAGAGACAGCGGCCGCAGCCGCUCCAAGGCCUCCGUCUCCCUCUCCGCCAGCCCCCUCUCUCACUCCCUGUCCAUGAGCAGCGGCCUCAACGACUCCAGGAGCCUGUCACUCAACGGUCUGGUGGGAGGGAUCAACGAGAAGGAAGCCAUGCAGGGCCUCAAUUCUCGCCUUUCCAACUACCUGGAGAAGGUGCGCUCGCUGGAGAAGUCCAACGCUGACCUGGAGCUGAAGAUCAAGCAGUUGAUGCUGGAACGGGCACCCAAGGGACAUGACAUAGAGGGCAUGUUGGCCCAGGCACAUGCCAUCGAAAAGGAGGUGAGGAAGAAGACUCUGGAGAAUGCUCGCAUCAUGCUGGAGAUUGACAAUGCCAAGCUGGCAGCUGAUGACUUCAGAGUGAAAUGGGAGGCGGAGCUUGAGCUGUGUCAAUCAGUGGAGAGGGACUGCCAGGCUCUGAGGAAGGCGAAGGCGGACCACGAGCAGAUCAUCGCCACGCUGAGCGCCGACCUGGACAGCCUGAAGGAGGAGCUGUACUUCCUGAAGAAGAACCAUGAAGAGGAACUGGCUGCACUGAAGGCUCGCGUUGCGAAAGACGAUGUGAACGUGGAGGUGGAUGCUGCCCAGGGUCCCGACCUAGGGGGCAUACUGUCUGAGCUGAGGUCACAUUAUGAGGGCAUCGUCCGGAAGAACAAGGAGGAUGCGGAAGUCUGGUACAAGAAGAAGCUGGACACUGUGCAGUUCGAGGUAAAGGAGAGCAAUGAGGCCCUGCGUGGGGCUCAGAAUGACCUCGUAGAGAGGCAGCGCUUCCUGCAGACCCUGGAGGUGGAGCUAGACAGCCUGCGCAAACAGGUGGGCGCACUGGAAGGUAACCUGAGCGAGACGAGUCAAAAGUACGCCCUGGAGAUGGAGCGGCUCCAGGCCACUCUGACGCAGCUUGAGGCCGACCUGUCCCAGCUGCGACUGGACAUGCAGCGCAAUAAGACCGAAUACGAACAGCUGCUGCGCGUCAAGCAGAGCCUGGAGAUGGAGAUCGCCACCUACAGGAGGCUGCUGGAGGGGGAGGAACAGAUUAAGGAAAUCCCUCCCAAAAAAGAGCCAGAUGUGAGGACCAGGAAGAUUGUGAAGGUCGUCACCCAGACCAUGGUCAAUGGCAAAGUGGUGGAGGAGUCCAGUGAGGUUGAGCAGAUCGAGGAGAAGAAAAAGUGAGAGAGAAGUUCAGGGGUCCCCUGCCACCCCCCACAAAAAAAAACCUUUCUGUCAUGAGGGCACCAUUUUAAUAAUCCCCCAGAUGUUCCUCAGGGCAAAGGUUUUCCUCAUCUUCCUCAUCUACUGAAAUGCUUCCAACAAUUUGGGACUGUUUUCCUUUUCCACUGUCACCAGCUGUGCUGUACAAAAUAUGUGUAAUAUAUGUAGGUUCAGGGGAAUGUCUUUCCAUGUUCCAAUCUUUUAAAAUAUGUAAUAAAAAUGUUUUUGGUUUCACA